UCUAUUAACAGAAGUGCCACCAGAGCCUUUCACACACUGAGUGCAGCGUUCACAGUCCCACAGCACUGUGCACAGAAAUGGACAAGACUGUACAAGGCGGUAAAGCUUAUGGCCUUCUCAAGUCUCAACAGGAAGAAAAACUGAACUCUAUCAAUGAAGCUUUUCUCUCAGAUCCCCAAUAUGCAGAAGAGGAAGACCUUGCCUCAAAGCUUGAAAUGUUUAAAAAGAAGUACAUGGAGUUUGAUCUUAACGACAAAGGAGAGAUAGACAUAAUGGGGUUAAAACGAAUGCUGGAGAAACUUGGGUUGGCCAAGACUCACUUAGAGCUGAAAAAGAUGAUGUCAGAGGUGGUUGGAGGGACAUCAAAAGAAACCAUCAGCUACAAUGACUUCCUGAAUAUGAUGCUGGGGAAAAGAAAUGCAAUUCUAAAACUGAUCCUGAUGUUCGAAGGCAUGGGGAAGGAGCAGGAUGAGAAAAGUACUGGACCACCUGGUCGCAAAACCUUUUCAGACCUGCCCUGAUUGAUCUUUACAGCCCAGCUGGGAUUGUUUGUGACUGUGCCUUCUUUCUUAUGUAAACAUAAAUUGAAUUCUUUAAAUUUCAUACCUAACAGAUUGUAAAAUGUGCAUAUUAUCAUAAGUAACGAUAUACAUAAAAUGUUUGUGCAUUUUGUCUUGUGUGAUUAUGACUACAGAACAGAUGUUCCACAGUAUUAUAUGCAACUAUAUGCUUUGCAUCGUAUAGUCUACUUACUCUAUGUUGUUUUAGCUGCUUAGUUGAUGAUGUGUGAUGUAUGAAAUUUACAUGCGACUGGCCAUUAUCAUGCUAGACAAAAUAUUGCAACACAAAAUAUAUGUAUAAAUGUAUGCCAACAUUUUGCAUCAUAAUACUAAGGCUAACAUUCGAACACAACAUUUAAAAAGAACAAUCACAAAUUCUAUAUAUUUAUAGUUGCCUUGUAAAUUAAUAAAACAGUG